CACACACACACACACAAUCCGUAAUAUGGCAGGUGCAUUGAGCAGUAGGGGUUGCAUAAAGAUCCGAGGUCCUCAACUAAGAGAUCUGUUGGAUUCAAAAUGCAACAUACUGUUCGACUGCGAUGGGGUCAUCUGGGAAGGAGAAAAAGCCAUCCCCGGUGCUAUAGAGGUGGUAAGCUUACUGAAAAAACAUGGGAAAAAUGUGUUCUUCGUUACUAACAAUUGCACCAGGCCUAGGGACAGCUACGUGCAGAAGUUUACAAGGCUGGGUUUUACUGAUGUACAAAAGAGGGAUAUUUUUAGCUCGGCAUACUGCUCUGCAGUUUACCUGAAGGAUUUUGCAAACCUGCAAGGCAAGGUGUUCGUUAUCGGAGGAGACGGGGUUUAUAAGGAGCUCAGGGAAGCCGGGGUGUCCUUUGUUGAAAGUGAACCGGAGACCCCAGGUAUGACGAUAUCCGACUGCCCGCUCCAUACUGAUGUCAGGGCGGUUCUGGUUGCAUACGAUGAAGAUUUUAAUUUUCUGAAGCUAGCUAAAGCAUGCUGCUACUUGCGGGACUCGGAAUGUCUGUUUAUUGCAUCAGAUCCGGACCCCUGGCACCCAGUUAGAGGUGGAAGAGUUACCCCUGGUUCUGGAAGUCUCACCGCUGCCUUGGAAACUGCCACGAACAGAAAGGCCACUGUAAUGGGGAAGCCGAGCAGGUUCAUGUUUGAGUGCAUCACCAGUCAGUGUGGUGCGGACGCCGCUCAGUCUCUCAUGGUCGGCGACCGCCUGGAAACAGACAUUCUGUUUGGGGCAAACUGCGGCCUUUCCACUGUACUUACCCUGACCGGGGUGUCCAGGAUUGAAGAAGCCCAGGCUAACCUGGAAAGUGACUGUCCAGAGAAGCAGAAUGCAGUACCAGAUUAUGUUGUGGACAGCAUUGGUGACUUUUUACUCGCACUGAAAGCCUAAACUAAAUAUUACAGUUCAUUAUUCUACCAUUCCAACAACCAAAUCUAUAAUAAAUGGAAACCCAGCCUUAUACAACAGUUACAUUAUGUCACUUUCUCUCAUCACCGUUUUUGGUCUUUUAACCUCAGUAAUUCCUUUCACCCUCCUAAUUGAGAGGUCUUCAGACAGGUUAGACCCUAAACCGGAUGUUGCUGAGGUUCAGCAUACUGGAAGUAAGUAUCUAGCCACCAGCAUUAGUAUUUGAAAACAUGAUUCCUUUUAAUCUAAGGAAUAGAGAAGUGCUAGUGGCGGUUUGGGACCAUUAGUUCGUUUAGGGCCGGGAUUUCACACUUGCAACUAACAGUAUCAAAAGAACCAUGUUGAUUUAUUGCACAGGAAAGCAGGUUAAAUAUUGUAAUGCAUGAUAUUUUUUGACGCUAAAUUCUGUGAUCGCUCUCUAUUUUAUAACAGAUGUCAUCUUGUGCAGUUUGGGUGAGUGGACCGCAAAGGUGCGCUUAAGCAGUUAUACAUAUUUAUAAAACUGGAUGAGAUGACAUCCUUGCACACAAUGUAUUAUAGAGUGCAAAACCUGAGUGGGUAUCUACUGUUAAAGCACUGUAGUUUAGGAGUUGGUUUACAAAGUUACUACCUUUACAUUAUCUCCAAAUGUGUUCUCAUCAGAGGGCCUGGUGUUUGUUCAUAUUUUAUACUUUUUUUUAUCGUAACUCUUACUGUAAUGGAGUUGUAGGAGAGCUUUUGUGACAUUACCUGAAAUGUUUGUUUUUGAAGUGGUAGUUUUAAUGAAUA